GAGAAGUUCAGUAGAAUAUAAUAUUUAUUUACAACAAAUCGCUUCUAAAACUAAAAAUAAAGUAAAAUUGCCUAUUGGAAUGUACAUGUUUUAAAUGUAUAAAUUUUAUUCAAUAAAAGUUCGUCCUCUGGUGGGCGACACUGGCAGCGGUAAAGUCCCUGGCACUGACGUGUCAAGAUUCAAAAAUGGUUGAAUCGGGAGAGAAUUUUCAAGAAUUGCACGAGAAAAUCGCUGCUCUUUUUGAAAAUUUCAAAGAAGAAUUGAAUACUAGAGACCAUGAUCACAUGGGCUACUUUUUGUACAACGUAAAUAUCACCUCUGACGUUUUGAUGUACAAAAUCAAGUACGAAAUUGAUAACUUUAUGAGAACGCAUGAAAAUGUGACAGAGACAAGCGAAAGUUCUGCUGUAAAUGCAAAAAAGUCCGAGUGUUUGAUAAAGUUGCAAACUCUGACUUCGAUGCUGACGUGCCACAUAAUGGACGAUUACAGAAAGAAAAUGGAGGGAAAAAAAUAGUUUUUGUGAAUAAAUUUGUAAUAAUUAUGUAAAUUAGAAAAAAUCGUUUGAAUUCUAAUGACUUUGGCAUUUGGGUCGGUAAAAGCGGUCCCUAGCCGGUGUUUGAGUAAUGUCAGCUGAUAGCUGACAGUCCUUGGUGAAGUGGUUCGAGGAGGAACGGUUCCCAUGUCUUAGACUUAGUAUAUUGGUGUUUCUGCCGUGCUACUUAAUAGCGAGGUUCUCAAAGUCGGCGCUGAGCUCGAUUUAAAAAAAUGUCAUAACGUGAAAAUCGCGAAAAUGAACGUGGAACAGAACCGUUUGGACACGUUCGAAGAGUGGCCUCAAGACGCCGCUGUGUCACCCCCUCGAAUCGCCAAAGCCGGUUUUUUCUACACCAAGCACGACGUCACCGUCGAAUGCUUCUCCUGCCACUUGACAAUUUCGGAAUGGAACUACGGCGACCAAGUAAUGGCCAAACACAAGACCCUCAACCCUUCUUGCCCCUUCGUCUUAAACCCAACUACCUCAGGAAAUGUUCCUAUAAUAUCACCUACAAACGUACCUUCCACCUCCGACUCGAUGAAGGACGAGGCCGUCCGGCUCAAAACCUUCGCCAAGUGGCCCAAGCCCCACAUCGUGGCCCCCGAGCGCCUCGCCCGCGCCGGCUUCUACUAUCUCAACACGGGCGACAACACCAAGUGCGCCUUCUGCAAGGGGGUGGUGCGGGCGUGGGAGCCGGGCGACGACCCCGACCAGGAGCACAAGCGCCACUUCGAAGACUGCCCUUUCGUCCUCACCGAAAUCGUCCCCAGACUCAGCCAAAACACCAACGGACAAGUCAAGACAGACUCGUCGUCUUUCACCAAUCUGCAUCUAGUCGCCAACGAAAAUUUGCACUGUCUGGGAGUCCAGACGCACAAAGGCCCCAAAAAACCCAACUACGCCACCCUCGAAUCGCGGCUGAGAUCCUUCGCCACGUGGCCCCCUGACCUGAUCCAAACCCCAGAUAUCCUCUCCCAAGCCGGGUUCUACUACGAGGGAAUGGGGGACCAGGUCAGGUGCUUCCACUGCGACGGCGGCCUCAGACACUGGGACCCCCAGGACGAUCCCUGGACGGAGCACGCCAGGUGGUUCCCCAGGUGCUCCUUCAUCAAGCUGGUCAAGGGGCAGGAAUUCGUCACCGCCUGCUCCCUCGAACUCAACGUCAACAGCAACCUGGAGGAGGUCGACCAGAAGAACUACCCGAGUGUCCAGUCGCGAAAGCGCGAGGUCACCGAGCAAGAAAUCCAGGAGCAUAUGUUGGGGGAAGUGGCCCUGUCGGCCCUUAGCAUCGGCUUGAAUGUCGAAAGGGUGAAAAGGGCGAUUCGGGAGAAGUUGGAACAGACUGGCCGCGGCUACUCACAGCCGGACGCUUUGGUCGAAGCCGCUCUCAAUCUCCAGCACAGCGAGGAGGACUUGUCCGAUGAUCAGGACACUCACGUGAAGAAUGUCGUAGAAAAUGUUUUAGAUAAUAUAAUUGCACGGAGUUGUUCGAGUGAGAUUAAAACGGAAAACGAACCGAUAGUUAAGGAAUCAAGAUCCAAUAAAACUUUAUCGCUAGAAGAAGAAAAUCGAAUUCUGAAAGAGGCAAGACUGUGUAAGAUUUGUAUGGACGCCGAGGUCGGUAUAGUGUUUCUGCCGUGCGGACAUUUAACGACGUGUGUUAAUUGUGCACCGAAUUUGGAAGAUUGCCCUCUAUGUAGAUCCGCCAUCAAGGCCACUGUUAGAACGUUUUUGUCAUAACUAUUUAUUAAACUCAAUAAAUUUAUUUUAUAACA